AUGCUGUACCUUGUUGGACUCGGUCUCUCGGACGAGACGGACAUUACCGUCAAGGGCCUCGAGGUGGUCAAGAAGGCCUCUCGAGUCUACCUUGAGGCUUACACCAGCAUUCUGCUCGUGGACCAGUCCGUCCUGGAAAACUACUAUGGCCGGCCCAUAAUCGUUGCCGACCGCGAGAUGGUCGAGUCAAAUAGCGACGAGAUCCUCAGGGACGCGCAGACCGAGGACGUUGCCUUUUGCGUUGUCGGAGACCCCUUUGGAGCGACUACGCAUACCGAUCUCGUCAUCCGAGCCCGCGAGCUCAAGAUCCCUGUGCGAACCGUCCCCAACGCCUCCAUCAUGUCCGGCAUUGGAGCCUGCGGCCUCCAGCUCUACAACUUCGGCCAGACCGUCUCCAUGGUCUUCUUCACCGAAACAUGGAAGCCAUCUUCCUUCUACGACCGUAUCAAAGAAAACCGCAGCAUUGGGCUGCACACCUUGGUCCUCGUCGACAUCAAGGUCAAGGAGCAGAGCCUGGAGAACAUGGCCAGGGGCCGACUGGUUUACGAGCCUCCCCGAUACAUGACCGUCGGGCAGUGCGCGCAGCAGAUGCUCGAGAUCGAAGAGGAGCGCAAAGAGGGCGUCUACACCAAGGACAGCUUGGCCAUUGGCGCCGCUCGUGUUGGCGGCAAGACGGAGAAGUUUGUCGCGGGGACGUUGGAGGAGCUGUGCUCUGCUGAUGAGGAGCUGGGACCGCCCUUGCACAGCCUUGUCCUGCUGGGCAGGAGAGCUCAUGAUUUAGAGCGCGACUACGUGCGCGAGUUUGCCGUUGAUAAGGAGAAGUGGGACAGAAUAUGGAAGGAGGAGUACGGACAUCAGUGA